AUGGCACCCGCGCCGCUACUAGAGCGCGAUGAUGCUCCCGACAACACCGACUUCAAGCCCCCACCAGGUGUCAUUCUACCGCCCAAGGAGUUCCGAACACUACUAGAAAAGACUGCCGGCUAUAUUGUCCGCAACGGCCCUGCUUUCGAAGCACGUAUUCGCGACAGCGCAGAGGGCAAUCCCAAGCUUCAAUUCGUUCUGCCCGACAACCCGUACCACCCCUUCUACCUAUGGCGCUUGGAAGAAAUCAAAGAUGGCAGAGGGACAGAUGUCGCUGCUGGGCGUGAAGGAGAUCUGGCCACACCGAAAAAGAACAAAGGCCCUGCACCUCCUCCAGACUUCCACUUCUCGGCGCGCAUGCCCAACAUCAGCUCCGUCGAUCUGGAAGUCAUCAAGCUGACUGCCCUGUUUGUUGCAAAGAACGGCCGCUCCUGGAUGACCACUCUGUCACAACGUGAAUCCAGGAAUCCUCAGUUCGAUUUCCUUCGCCCCCAGCACAGUUUUCAUCAAUUCUUUUCGCGUCUGGUAGAUCAGUACACCGAGAUUCUCAACACCCAAGGACAACAACAAGAGGCGGUUGUUGCCGAGCUUGAGAAGAACGUCGACAACAAGUAUCGCGUCUUGGAGAGUGCAAAGAAGCGUGCUGAAUGGCUCGCAUACGCUCAGAUCGAUUGGCAUGAUUUUGUUGUCGUCGAGACCAUUCUGUUCACCGAAGCAGACGACCAAACAGAACUUCCUCCACCCACGUCCUUGAACGAUAUCCAGUCCGCAUCGCUCGAACAGAAGGCACAGAUGAGUCUGGCUCCAUCAGGCAUGCGUAUCGAAGAAGCAAUGCCAGGUCAGGAAACCUACUAUCAGCCACCACCUUCUCAGAUGCCCCCACCCAGCUCUUACUCGCCUGCUCCUCCUGCUUUCUCUCCUGCUCAACAAGGUGGUUUUGUACCACCGCCGCGAACAGCACAGGAAAAAGAAGAAGACGCCCGUAUCGCCGAAAGAACCGCAGAACGUCAACGCGCCGAGCAAGCUCAGGCUGCAGCAAGAGGCCAAGGUCCUAUGCGCAUUCGCAAUGACUACGUCCCUCGCGCACAAGCUCGUAGACAAAAUGCUGCUACUGCUCUCUGUCCUAAUUGCAAACAACAAAUUCCGUUCAAUGAACUUGAGCAGCACAUGAAGAUUGAAAUGCUUGAUCCUAGAUGGCGCGAGCAGUCUCGUAUUGCUGCCCAGCGCUCGAGUACUACCAACUUAUCUACUGCAGACGUUGCCAAUAACCUCAAGCGUCUGGCUUCACAGCGAAGUGAUGUCUUUGACCCUGUCACUGGCCAGGCCGUUAGCGAUGAGGAGGCCCAGAGGCGCAAGAGAAUAGAGCUCGGUAGCUAUGACGGCGUUAACCCAUCUCAAAUUGCUGCGCCUGGUGCUCCAGGCAGCCAGUCUACAGAUGUACAGGAACAAGUGAGUGUACGCCCCGAUUGCGCUUCGAAGCAUUCAUGCUAA